AUCAUCAUGCCGUCAGCGUGCGACCCUUCGAUUGAAGACAUUGAGGACAUGGUCUCUCCCAGUGACCCCACUCCUCACGAAAGACAGUCAUCUAGAAAAUGUAUUAUACCAAGGUCCAGAAAGAAGAAAGAGCUUCAGAUCCACGAAGAACUCCAAACUGACAGUUUGAUUCCUGGGACCCAAAAGAUUUGGAUGAAAACAUGGGGCUGCAGUCAUAACAACUCGGAUGGAGAGUACAUGGCCGGACAACUAGCUGCCAGCGGGUACAAGAUGACUGGUGACAAGCGGGAGGAUACACACCCCUGA